AUGGCGACAACGGCGACGAAGCGAAAACCGGUGUUUGUGAAGGUGGAUCAGCUAAAACCUGGAACCAACGGUCACACGCUGACAGUAAAAGUGGUGAGCUCUAAGCCAGUGAAGACGGUGAGUAACCGCGACGGUCGAUCGUCGGUACUCGCGGCACGCCCAUCGCGCAUAGCUGAGUGCCUCGUCGGUGAUGAAACGGGAACCAUAAUAUUCACCGCUCGCAACGAGCAGGUUGACCUCAUGAAUGCUGGUGCUACUUUAACACUGCGCAAUGCAAAGAUUGACAUGUUCAAGGGAUCUAUGAGGCUUGCAGUUGAUAGAUGGGGGCGUAUUGAGGCCGCGGAACCUGCAAAUUUUGAAGUUAAAGAGGAUAAUAAUCUUUCUUUGGUUGAAUAUGAAUUAGUCAAUGUUGUUGAAGAGUGA